AAUAACAAGAAGAGAAAAAAACAACAACACAGAACGAAGACAGAAAUAACGCAGUAAACGAAACAUUUCGGAAUGAAAGACAGUCAAAUCGAAGUGAAAUGAACUGAACGUAUCUCCCGUGGGAUUCUUUACGGAUAAUAUAAUUAGUAGUCAACAAUCGAAUAAUAUUUUACUCUGUGUGUUGUUCAAAGUGAAUUUUGGUUUGAAAAGAAGAGAAAAUAGCAGAAAAAAAAAUACAGUUGACGCGUACAUCGAAAGUGUUCAGCGUGUUGAUGAUUUUUUGUGUGAUUGGUGAAAUAUAAACAGGCAUCGGUGUGGCUCAACAUUUAUUUUUUUUUUCGUAUUUAGAAAAAAGAACGAAGAAGAAAGAACGGAAAAAAAGAGAAUUGAAAACCGUCGACUAAAAAUCCAAAAAAAAAAAAAACUGAGCUGAUUCAGCGAUACACCGUUGGUUUCUGCGAAAAUUGACAUGCACAUACCAAUACAAAUGCGCGCCACCUCACUCGCAUAUUCGCUUCGUUCACAAAUGUAAUACAGGAAGCUCUUGUUGAGCCCGCGAUGAGUGAACAUGUCUAGAAUAAUGUGCGAGAAACAUUGCUCCCGUUGAAUUAAAAAAAAAAAUACAGAAAGAAACAACAACAACACCAGCAGCCGCAACAAGAGCGCGCACACGGAGCGACGAAGAACACGAAGCACUGCAUGUGAACAUACAUAUAUAUAUAUACGUGUAUAUAUAACGCAGCAGAGAGCGCGAGAGAUACAAAUUAUCGGGCCACAAAACAAGAAUUAAAAAAAAGCACACACAGAGAGAGCAACUCACAACAAAAACGCAACCCAACCGAAUGAAAUAUUAUUGAAUCGAAUGAACGAAAAAAAAAAUCAUCUAUAUAACGAAGAACAAACACUGAAAGAAAGAACGAAAAAAAAAGAACUCUUAUAAACUGAUUUUCAACAAAAAUUAAGCACUUUCAAACAGAUAUUUUAUGCCGACGCGAAUUUUACACACUAUCGAUGGUUGUGACAGUGCAAUUCAUAUUUCGACUGUAGAGAAGAAGAAAAAACCACACACACAGAAUUUAUUUAUAUUUACGUAUGAUUUAUAUCAAGUUAUAAAGAAAAAUUAUGAGACAGCAAUCCCAAUAAUUGCAUGGCCAAAGCAACAACAACAACCGCGAUUUAAAUGAACUAAUUGAAAACACACAACGACUAAACAAAAACUCUGCAAGAGAAGAGCAUAUAAACACACGACGACGGCGAAGAAAAAAAAAAAAGAAGGAAAAGAACAGAGCCCAAACACAUAAUUUUCCUUCUGUUUUUCGUGUCGACGCGAAACACUAAAGAUAAACUACGCUAUUGAAGGAGAUUUGGCACGCUUACCUGAAAGAGACAACCUAAUUGAAUUGGUUCGAUUUUCAAAUAAAUAGACGAAACGCGUUUGAGGAUCCUCCAACGUAGACAAGGAUUCUUCUCUGCUUUAAUUUUCUGCUUCAAGUCGAACAACAACUUGUUUUUUUUUUUAAACAAGAAAAAUACCCUUGUCGAGAAACGACGCGAGAAGUGAACGAACAGAAGAAAAAAAAAACGGCCGAGUUUCAAAAAUGCCCGAGCACAAUAUCGAUGCGGUGUCAAAGGAAUGGCUACAGUCGGAGCUGAGAUCGCCGACCAAAUCGCUGAUUGUUCUAGAUUGCCGCAGUUCCAAUGAAUUCCAGGAAGGUCACAUCCGUUCGGCCGUCAAUUUUUCCAUACCCAGUUUGAUUUUGAAGCGAUUGGCAACGGGCAAAAUUGAUUUAACGUCCACGAUUAAGAAUCGCGAUUUGAAGCAACGUAUUCAAAGCGCAUAUACGGACAGUCUAUUUGUUUUAUACAACGAUGUAAUGACAACGGCUGCCAACAAAACCAGUACAUCGGACAAGGCAACAACAAUAGCCAGCAUUGACUCAAAUGCAAUUACAAAUUCCGUUGAAUCGAACGCAAACAGUAGUGAUGCGACUACAAUCAACGUGCUGCAUCGUCGGCUCAAACAAGAUGGCUGCCAUGUUUAUUGGCUCAAAGAUGGGUUCGCCAGUUUUCGUGAAACUUUUCCUGAAUGGUGUGAAGACGAUAGUGUCUCAUCAACCGAAAGCACCAAAAACCAUGGAUCUAAUCAUUCAGAACCAUUGAUGGGAUUAAGGUCUCUGCGAAUUUCUAUACCAUAUUCCGAUUCGGUAUGUAGCAGCUCGGCCGAAUCUUCGGACUGCGAAGGUUCUACGUAUCCACAAUCAGAUGCACCCACUGAAAUUAUUCCUGGAUUAUUUUUGGGCAAUGCAUCGCACAGUGAAGACUUGAAAGCACUGCAAUGCUACAACAUUAAAUACAUUCUCAAUGUGACGCCCGAUCUUCCAAACCAUUUUGAAAAUACGUCGGACAUCAAAUAUCUUCAAAUUCCAAUCACUGACCAUGGAUCGCAGGAUCUGUCCAUGUACUUUCCAACUGCCAUCAAAUUCAUUGACGAGGCACGACGAAAUGAUUCGGCUGUGUUGGUGCACUGUUUGGCUGGUGUAUCACGGUCGGUGACUGUGACACUCGCAUAUCUAAUGCACUCACGUUUGUUAAGCUUCGAAGAGGCAUUUGCAUUGGUGCGUUUACGCAAACCAGACAUAUCGCCAAAUUUCCAUUUUUUGCGUCAAUUGCACGCAUUCGAACGGCAGUUAAUGGAAGAGAAUCCAAGCCGAACACCGCAAUCGGCCCAAUCAACGGACUCCGUGUACUCAGAUUGCUGUGGAUGUUCGUUGUCGUCACCGGUUGUGCCACCAUUCCAUCAUCAUCGUCCACAUCAAACGCUGCAACAGCAGUUGAUAUGCCAAAAACAUUACAACCAAAUCGGUGUGUCACCCGAUUCGGGCAUCGAAUUUGAUCGCUGGACAUCGGCCGACAGUACGCCCAAAUGAGAUACACUUUCAAAGCGUUUUGCUUUGCCCUCAAUCGAACAUGAACCACCAGACGCAGCUACAAUCGAACCAGAAUAAAAUUUCCAACAAAUCUAAUUGAUCAAAUAAUCGCCAUGCAAAUGCGCAUUGAGAGACUGAGAGUCUGUCCAUGUUGCGAUGACUAUUGUCAUUGCAUGUCAAUGAAUCGAUCAAUUGGCUGCACAACGAUUGAAAUGAGAAUGUUUUUGGAUGUGAAAACGGCUUUUGUAUUUAGUGAUAGAAAACAUAACCCAUUCCGAUGAUGUGUGAACUAUUUCGUUCCCUGCAAACUUUCACAUUCAAGUUCAUAGUUGAAGAAAUUUACUCCCUCAAAAUUUACUGUUAGCUUGAUCGACGUAUUUCUCCAUGUGUAUGAGUUUACGGCGUGCAGAAGCAGGUAUCUUUUCACAUUUUUCUAGUAAAUGCGUCGUCAUUCCGUGACUUUUUGCGAAAAAUCGCAAUAUUGACAUUUGCCAUUACCAUUUGAUGGCAUUCCAAGAAACCUUUGACCGUGAUCACACUGUCCCGCCAUUGGGCUUGAUAAAUGUCGCUUGGUUUAAUGAAAAUGAAUUCAUCUCAUCUAUUCAAGAAAUGGAGGAAAUUAGUUUCACUUGAGUGAAAAUUUCCAACAAAUCAUUCAUUUUUUUUUAAGGUUUCUUCUUACAUACUUUUAACGGUUUCAACAUUUUUGGAACGUAGAAUAUAUUUAACAAAAAAAAAAAACAACAGCCAUCUUCACAUUCGAAACAUUUAACAAAGCAAAAUGUUGAACAACAACAAAAAAAAAAACCAAGUUUCGACAGAGUCAAACGAGAAAUAAACAAAAACACAAAUUUUUACAUAAGUUUAAUUAUUUUCCAGACUGUUGACCUGAUGAAUGUUUUAGAAUAGUGAGAGAAACUAAAAAAAAAUAAUCAAACAAUUUCUUUUUAUUUAUUCCUAAGAACACUUUUAUGUGUGUCCAAAAACAUGACCAGAGUAUGUCACAAAAUUUUUUGACAAUUAAAAACAAAAGAAUAACACACAGAAGUCAGAAAGAAAUAGUCGAAUUUUCAGUCGAAAAAAAAAGAGACUUAAACCAGGCUUAUUGGAAAAAGUUAAGAGAAAAAUCACACAAACACACCUAGAAAAUACAAGAUGAUGAACAAAUCACACAUAGAAAUACACAAAUGGAAAUGGUAUUUUUUAUACAGAUUUAGGGACAAAAUGAAAGACAUACAAAACGAAAAAGAAGAAAACAAAAUUAAGCGAACAAACCACUUAGUUUUUUUUUUGUUCAAACUGCAGGGACUUAUACUCUAUAUUUUAUAAAUGUUCACAUAAAUGAUGCGCUGGCACAUUACAUACGAACCAGAAUAAGAAGUAGAGGAAGAAGUGUAUCAAGUCAUAGAGACACACGGAAAUAUGUGUGGAUCAAGUGAAAAGUAAAGAAACGAAAACGAAAACGAAAAAGAAAGAGAAAUAUUUUUGUAUCGAUAAAAACCCGACGUGGUGAGGGAAACGAAAGUGCAGCUUUAACGAACAAAACGCUCUCUGAAUAUGUAAAAAAUAUUAUCUCUCUUGAUAUUUUACAACCAGAAUCUGUUUUCUUGUCCAUUUUUUCAGUGUGUUCGAUUUAAAAAAAAAAAUUCGGUCGUCACGUUAUUCACAUUCGAAAACUAUGAUUCAGUCAAUUAAUUUAAAAAAAAAGAAGACUUUUUUUCUGUCAUUGGUCAAUCGAACACAUGUCUAAGUGUAAUUCUUCACAAAUUGCGCUGUUUACUCGAACUCGUACCCAUUUCGGCACUUUCGGUUUAUUUACAUCGAAUUUAUUUUUGUUUUUUGCGAACAUCGAUAUUUUCUUAUCAAUACGGCAUUUCGAUGCUUCUUUUCAAGAAUGGUUUGACUUGUUACUAAAUACACAUGACCGCGAUUUCGAGCUUUUUUUCAAAUUUCAAAUUGUUAUCGAUUAAAAAUCGACUCGAUUUCAUUGUUUGAUGGAACGAAAAGUCGCAAACAAAUCUCUGUUCGUGAUUUAGGCGAUCGUGUUAAAAUUCGAUGAAAUUCUAUGUAAAUUUUUGUUUGCUAAUCAAAUUUGGUCGCUUUCGAUAUAUAUACAUUUCUUACGUGCAUUUCUCGACGGAGUUCACAACUUGAAUUAAACCGAAUUGAAUGUGUUUUUGUUAAUUAUGUGUGCGUUGACCGACUUCCGAAUUGAAACCGAAACAAACAAAAAAAUCUAGUUGAUUUAGCCAUUUUAUGAAUAAGCACCGAAUGAUGUACUUUUUUUUAAUCCAUCAGUCUACUCAUAUUAUAAAUGGAAGAAGAGAAAAGAAACACUGUUGAAUAUUUGAUAUAUUUAAACAGAAUCAUACAUUGGCCAAAAAAAAAAAAUUCAUUUCCACUUUGGAAAUUUCGGUUUAGAUGGACAUUUGUUUAAAGUCGUACACGAAAAGAAAAAAGAAAAGAAAGAAAGAGCAAAACCAACCCCCCAGAGUGCCAAACUGUCUUCGUGUAAACGAAUCACUACUAGAGCGAUAGUGUAGCCAUAAUAAUCUUUUACACAGUCUUAUUUCUCACAGCGAUUUAAUGAAGAAGAUAAAAAAUAAUCAGACACACAUUUUAUAAAAAGCAAAUUAUGCAGUUGUUUUUAUACGCGUUGAUUUUAAACAUUUAGCAAAACAAACAAAACUGUUUACUAUUUUCUAUGCAAAACAAAACAAACAACAACAAAUCGAAUUACCAACACAUUUUAUCUGUUCCACUAAAAUAAAAUAUUGAAAAAAUAUAAAGAGAAAAAAAGCAACAACAACAAUAUAUUGUCACUAGCAAACAUAAAAAAAAGAACAAAAGCAAAAUACCCUAUUUAUCACAUUCAUUUCAAUAUUUGAAAAUGCAUUUAUUAAAUUAUAAGUACAAACAACAAAACACACGCAUGCUGUGCUUGAACUUUGGGCAAUAUUUUUUAAAGUAGACAAAAAAACACCUAUUUUAACAACACCUUGGAGAAAAAAAAAAUCUAUUCCGUCAAUCAUUUUGGUGAUUUACUUUCCAGAAUAUUUGAAUUGGAACACAAAGAAACAAAACAUUUGAAUCGAAUAAUUCGAAUUUUUGGGAAUUGAAUAGAAAAACUCAUUUUGUACCGACGAAUUUUUUUUUUAGAUUGUAUUUUUUCUACCGAGCAAUCAAUCGUCUUGGCUCCACGACCGUUAUUCAGCUCACUAAGAACAAAAAAUAUAAUUUAAAAUUUAAAUUCGGCUAAAGAAUAUUUUGCCAAAGGUUCGAUCCCAUGGGAAGUUUGUUUUUUUUUUGUCUCAGCCUCGAUUAAUUGGUUGAAUUUCCAUCCGAUCGAAUGAUUUGAAUGUGAUAAAUGAAAAAAUAUACAUUUUCUCAUUUUCUAGCGGCCACUAAUUACAAGCCACAUGAUUUUUUUUUUUGUUUCCACGAAACCAAUUCACUUGCAAGUUCAAUAUUGUUAUAAGUGUUGAAUUGAAUUGAAUCGAAUUACGCUUGAAAUAUCUCUCUGAUGUCAAUGGAAUUACGUGCUACAUUUGUGUGUUUAUCAUUAUAUAAAUUUUUGGUUUUUUCUUUCGUUCAUUUUUCUCUCUGAAACGAACGUUGCUUUUGACAAUCUUAAAAUUGGAGUACUGGUUUAAAAUUUACUCAGUUUGCUCCAUCCAAGAGUAAUUUUACUCCACGCGAUAUAUUUAUAUCGCAUGGCAUGAGUAUGGAAAUUUUUGAUUAUUGGCCCGAAACAUGGCAGCCAUAAAAAGAGCAACGAACAAUCGGCUCUCUUUUAUUGAUACGAUCGACCGGGAUAGCAAAUCCCGGCGACCAGCAAUCGAAUACGAUCCAUAAAGUAAUCGAAGACUAAGAUACAAUUUCCACUUUCGGAAAAGAAAAAUCCAAUCCUUUCACAAAAAAUUGAAAAUUGAGUCAAGUGCAUCAGAAAAAAGGUGGUGUCGAGCAACAUUGCCAUUGUCAAUAUUUUAAAGACUGAAAUACGAAAUGUAUGUGAGCGUGCAUUUUGAAUGGAAACAGAUACAACUAGUGCAAUCAGAGUCGUUAAAAUUAUUAAGGUGGAUUUAUUGAGUUUUACAGACAAAUCACAGAUUGGCACAAGCCCCAUUACACUCAAAACAAAAUCAAAUAAACCGCGUUCAUUUCGAAAUUCGACAAUGGGCCUGCUAUAGUCAGAUUGGUUUUAAAAAAAAAAAUUCCCGAUUGAAAAAACGUUUUUUUUUUGUUUUAAUAAUAAAAUUGAAGCUAUUUUAAAAAGUAUUUGAAAAGAAAUUUAAAAAAAAAUGUGCCACAAUUCAACCAACCCAAUCAAAAAUAAAUGUAGAAAUUCCAAGUCCAUAAAUUUUGAAGCUAUUUUCAUGUUCUCGUUUUUAUUCGAGUUGUCAAGAUGUGAUUUUAUUUUGAUUCUAUCUAAUUUUUUUCCUUCUAUUUUUUAACUAAAUUUUUCCUUCUACAAAAUUAAUUCUAUUUUUAUUAUCGAAAUGAACAUUCGCCCAGAAAAAAUGAUUGCUUUUAAUUAAACAAACAAACCGAAAAGAAAAUUCCAGAUUUUUGAGAAAAGUUUCUUAAGGAAUGAAAGAAAUUUAAUGUAAUGUAUUUUUAAACUCGAAUUUGUUCGUCAAUUAUAAGGCAAUUAUUACAUAUGUAUUAUUAUCGAAUUGCAGAACAAGAGCAAGAAAAGAAAACAAUACUUGAAAAGGUAUUACAGUGUUUAAUUGAAUGUUCAACCUAAACUCCGGUCUUUACAUUUGUUCAUUCGGUGGAUUUGACAUUUCUUUGCACUUUCCUGGCAAAAGAGCGACAAAUCUUUUGAUCGGAUUCAUAAAAAUACACAACAUUGAAGUAAAACAAAUUGCGUUAGUUUUUAAAUAAACAGAAGAAGAAGAACAGCAAAUACAGGCAGAUAGAGAAAAAAAAAAUGAAGCAUUUCUAUUCUUUGAGACAUAGCUAAUGUAAUUUAUAUUCUAAAUAUAUUUAUAACAGAGCAAACGAAAUGCGAUGCGCUGCGCGUUCACCACUUUGCACAGUGGCUAGCAUUUCGGGAUUUUUUUCAUUAUUUUUACUAUGUGCUGUUGAAAACUGAUAACAAAACAAAAAAGUGAAACAUUUAUUAGUCUCUGUUAAUUCUAUGAAUGACUCAGUGCCAACCGAUGUACAAAAGAGAUGGACAGAUUUUUUUUUCUUCAGAUUUCCACGAUCAGUGGAUGUCACAGGUUGAUUUUUCUAAGCAACAUGAUUUGUUUUGAAUUUUACAGGCACAUUUGACUUUUUUCUACCGAGAGAACAUGUCAGUGAGCAAUGAUUCACCGCAUCCAGUCGGGUGCACUCGAGCAUUCAUAGAUUUAACGAAGCAUUGAACAUUUUAAGGAUAUUAAUGUUAUGAAAUUAUAUUUUAAAAACACACACACACAGAGAGUUAUACAAUUACAACUAAUAAACACAUGAAUAUAUUUGUUACAUUGUGAAAUUAAAGAAAUAAACGAACAAAACACAA